CUCUCGGGGGCGGGGGGUGGACUGUCCUGGUCCCGACCCUCCGCGCGGGUGGGCUUGGAGCAGGCCGCACCGAUUUAUAACUCCACUCCCACCCGGAGGCCCUCUGCCCUCUUCCCCUCCCCGCUCCCCCUGCCCCCUCGGCUCAUGGUGCGAGGCUGGGAGCCGCUGCCCGGGCCGGACCGUGUUCCGAGCAAUGUAGACUGCCUGUGAAAUGGAGGCUAGGAGAAACAGUUCCUUCCCAGGCCGCUCCCCCAUCCCCAUGACGACCCCCAGGCAACCUCAACACACAGAACCGGACUGAGAGGUUUAGGAGAGACUGCCCCUGACUCGUGCCCAGCCACAGACAGAAAACCAACCUGGAAACCAGGAGCCCAAGUCCUCAGCAGUUCCCGGUUGUUGCGUCUUAACUCGAGACUUCUAAACUGAAAGAAGACUCAAGCUGAGACCUGUUUGCUAUCUGUGAAGGGUACAAAUCAGAAUACAGCAUGCCUCCUAAUAAAGAGGCCAGCAGACUUAGCCCAACAGCAGGGCUCAUCUGCCUACCUCCAAUCUCUGAGGAGAUCCAGCUUGUGUGGACCCAAGCAGCUCAGACCAGUGAGCUGGACAGCAAUGAACACCUGCUUCAGACCUUCAGCUACUUUCCCUAUCCCAGCCUAGCAGACAUUGCCCUUCUCUGUCUACGUUAUGGGCUGCAGAUGGAGAAAGUCAAGACUUGGUUCAUGGCCCAGCGCCUCCGAUGUGGCAUUAGCUGGUCAUCUGAAGAAAUAGAAGAGACACGAGCCCGAGUGGUCUACCAUAGGGACCAACUCCAUUUCAAAUCCCUUCUCGCUUUUACUCAUCAUGCAGGGCGACCCCCAGAGGAGGCAUCUCCAAUGCCAACUGAACAACUUGGUCUUGGAAUAGGUCCUCUGACGCUUAGUGAGCCUACCCAGAUGAAGGGAUUGAAGGUUGAGCCUGAAGAGUCCUCUCAGAUCCUACCUCUGCCAUUGAGUCAUCAGAAAGCAAAGGAGCCCCUGAUGACACCUGGCAGUGGAGCAUUCCUCCACCAAUCAGAUAUUUUGCAGGAUCUCCAGAGCUGUGGCCUCUCCAAGGAGCAGGCAUGUAGGGCUCCUGAGCAGUCAGCUGGCAUAGGUUCUGCUUCCUGGAACAACUCCACAACUGUCCACCAGCCACAUGCUCAAAUUAAGCCCAAACCAAUCUCAAUACUUGCUAGUAGUUGUAAGGAGGAGUCAACAUCUAGUGUGACUCCUUCUUCCUCUACCUCUUCUUCCUCUUUCCAGGUACUGGCUAAUGGAGCUACUGCCACCUCUAAGUCCCUCCAGCCACUGGGCUGUAUCUCGCAGUCACUCUCACUCAGUGAACAGGGACAACCCUCACAUCUGGAGCCAGCCUGGUCCCAUGGGCUAAGGCCUAAUUCAGCUGCAGGUAGGGGUGGCAUCACAGAAUACCUUUCCCCAGAUAUGCAACGCCAGCGAAAGACUAAGCGCAAAACCAAAGAACAGCUGGCUAUCCUCAAGUCCUUCUUUCUACAGUGCCAAUGGGCACGGCGGGAAGAUUACCAUAAAUUGGAACAAAUCACUGGUUUACCUCGACCUGAAAUCAUUCAGUGGUUUGGUGAUACACGCUAUGCCUUAAAGCACGGACAAUUAAAAUGGUUUCGGGAUAAUGUAGUACCUGGCGCCCCUAGUUUCCAAGACCCAAUGAUUCCUACACCACCUUCAACCCGCUCCUUGAAAGAAUGGGCUGAAACACCACCUCUGCCAACCCCUCCACCCCCCCCUGAUAUACGACCCUUGGAGAAGUACUGGGAAGCUCACCAACAGCUCCAGGAAGCUGACAUUAUUAAAUUAAGCCAGGCAUCUAGGCUUAGCACUCAGCAAGUACUGGACUGGUUUGAUUCUCGGUUACCUGAGCCAGCUGAGGUGGUAGUUUGUCUAGAUGAAGAAGAAGAGGAAGAAGAGGAGGAACUGCCAGAAGAGGAUGAGGAAGAAGAGGAGGAGGAAGAAGAUGGUGAUGAUGAUGAUGAUGAUGUGAUUAUACAGGACUGAGGUGGGGGCGGCUAGGGAAAAAGGAAUCUGUUACUAAAAGAUGAACCAAUUUAGUAACUGCUUAAACAAAGAAACCACAUUUUUAUAAUUGCCUUGUAACAAAGAACUAAAAAACUUAGUGUUCAGGGUGGGCUAUAGGGGCAUGGCUAGGUUGAGAGGAUGGCCUGGGAAAGAUCAUAGGACACAAAAUAAUGUAUUGGAUCAGCAGAAAUCUAGUCUCUAGCCUCCAGGUAGAGUGGGCUGAGGAUCUGUGCAAAUGACAGGCCAGUAAAUAGCUUUAGCUCUCCUCCUAUUUGCAAUUCUUUUCAAUUAGUGUAACAGGGGCCAGACGUUCACACAUCUCCAGAAGGCCCGAGAAGGAGGAGAAAAAUACUCUAACUCAACUGAUGACUCUAAUGCAUCCACAGUCUUACCAUUUUCAUUAGAAUAUAAGGCUACCUUGUACCCCUUCUUUUCUGAGCACAAGUCCGUACAUCAUGCAGCUAAGAGUCUCAGUACAUCCUGGUCUUGUUGCCAGUAUGACAUUGUUUUGCCUGCUUCAUCACUGAAUCACACCAGUAGCACAGUGUCCUCAUUUCUAAUUCUAGGACCACUUUGCCUUCUACCUUUUUAUCUCUACGAAAUCCCUUUUGUCUCAGGGUAAAUCUUCCCACAUAGUUUGUGUUAAUAACUGGGGUGGUGAAUAUUUAGGUUGGAUAUUUAUUGGAGGUGGGAAUUAAAAGAGGUGUACUUUAAAAGUAGAAUUAUGUUACAGAGUGGAAUGCUUUCUCCUGGUGGAAAGGUGGUAGAGAUAGUUCUAGGUUUGGUUUUACAAACCUGACAUUACCUCUGUCCUGCUUGACAGAGAUUGAAUUUUCCUAUUUUGCUACUGAUUGAAUUUGUGUCCAGAAAACUCUUCCUUCUAUAUUGGUUUUAUCUUGUAGACAGAGGGACUAUAAUCUUUAAUUGGAUUAUUGAUAUUUUAGAUUGGUUUUCAUCAGUUGGAUCAUAUAUAAAGCAAAUAGACCAAUGGUUUAGUCAUCUAAAGUAAGGGUGGAAGCCCCCAAUUGCUAGACUAUAAUAAAGGCCAAAAUUAAAGUUG